GUUGGUCCUGACAGCUUUCCUGACCGGCUUCACGACUCUAUAUGGUGUCUAGAAUGUUGGUAUCAUUACAUUACAUAUUUAGUUGGGAUGGUUCUCCAUUUGCACAAGGUAGCGUUAAUGUGGACAAAUCGAGAUACAGCCAUUUAGUUGUAUAGGAGAGGGACACAGUCUGGAUGUCCUGUAUGUUGACUUUUGAAGACGGACAUAGUCUGGAUGUCCUCGAUAUUCACACUAAACGUGUACUUGUUGUACGGGUAGUUAAACCUGUUCAUGGAUUUACUUUGAUUCUCGCUCAAUUUUCGGAUCAUAGGCGUCAUGUAUCGAUAAAAGGGAUGUCAACUUCAUUGUGAUAUUCUCAAUAGACAUCAUUGUAAACAUCGGGUGUACUGAGAUGAAACAGAAUAUGGACAACGAAUGUCUGUAUCAUAAAACUUUAUAACAUGUAUUAUACACGGACGAGUGAAAUUGAAAAUGGAUGUUAAUGUGGACUGGUAAAGGAUAUCCACACAGUUAUAGUGAACGAGAUCUGUGACCAAUGUGGCGUUUAUGGAGGACAAUGAAAGGGGUGUUAGUAGCGAGUACUGUGAUACAAUUGUGGUGUUAAUAGCGAGUACCGUGAUACCAAUUGUGGUGUUAGUGGUGAGUAGUCAUAUUGUAUUGUUAGUGGUGAGUACUGACACAGGCUUGUAAGUGGCGAUUACGGUGACUCAAAGGUGGUGUUAGUAGCGAGUACGGUGACACAAAGGUGGUGUUAUUGGCGAGUACGGUGAUACAAAGGUGGUGUUACUGGCAAGACUCGCCAUGAAGCAGGCAAGGAAGAGCGGUCGGGCGUGUACCAACACAUUUCUGCUAUACAUGUUUACCGGCUUGUGUAUUGUGAUGGUGUCUACUGCUUUGGUUUACUGGCAGUACGUCUACGAAAUCUCCAAUCUGUCUGUAAUGCUGACAAACACCGUACACAACUUAUAUGUUAACACAACCAGUGUUGUGUUUGGUGUCAACAAGCCUAUUACCACGCGGACGGGAGUUCGUAACACGACAUCAUCCAACCUGUCGGCGGUAGUCACGAUUGUUAAUGUACCUUCAACAAAAAUAUUACCGAAAGUGUCACCUAAACCACCGACCGACCGUCCAGAUAGUUGUGAAAUGUGUUUCAGGCACGAUUUUAACUAUAUACUUCAAAAUGACGAAAUAUGCGCCCGUAAGGACAAAACGCCAGACAUAGAGGUCAUUAUACUGAUAUUUACAGUCCACAAAAACAGACUAGAACGGGACACAAUACGACAAACCUGGCUUACGUAUGCUAAAAACAACUCUAUAGAUUCGAACGUUAGAUACGCCUUCCUUCUCGGAGCGCCUUCCUCUCCAGCGAUGGAUAAAGCGGUAAAGGAGGAAUUCGAUAUACACCAGGAUAUUCUUCAGGAAGAUUUUAAAGAUGCUUACAGUAAUCUAACGUACAAAACUAUGAUGGCUUUCAAAUGGGCCAGCACCAAGUGUAAGGACGCCAAAUUCGUGAUGAAGACUGAUGACGAUAUGUAUGUUAAUAUUCCCAAUAUUCUUACGACAUUAAAAACCAACAAAGACAAAUUACAAACUCGGGUGGGAGGGGCGUGUCACCGAGUAGCAGAACCAAUCCGCGACCACCGUUCAAAAUGGUACGCAUCAAAAAAGAGUUUCCCCGGAAGUCACUAUCCGGGAUUUUGUUCCGGUACCGGCUAUGUCACCAGUAUGAACGUGGCUACCAAAGUGUUUGAGGUGUCCAAAAAGGUGCCAUUUUUCCACCUGGAGGAUGUGUAUGUCGCCCUUUGUAUAAAAAAACUGGGGUACAAUCUACUGCCUAUCGCCAAUUUCAAUGCUGGUAGAUUCCCGGCCGAUCCCUGUAUAUACCAGGGGAUAGCCAUGAUGACGUCACAUCAAGUUCCACCCGAUAUGAUGAAGAAAAUGUGGUUAGGAAAGUGUAAGAGACAUGGAUGAUGAUAUUGGUAAAGUUAGAAGAAAACCCGGCUGUAUUCCAGUUAUACUCCCGCUAAUUAUUGACCAAUCAAAAGCCGUCUUGCAUCUCUAAUUGCUGUUUUUUGUUUGGUUUUUGUUUUGAAACCUCUAUUCUGCAUUGUGUCGCCUGCAUUGUAUAUAUGUCACCGGGAUAUUGCCAAUUUGUAAUUAUUAGGAUUGUACAGAUGACAAACAAGAAAUAACACUUUCCAAAACAAAUUUACCGUUAUCAGAUACUGUAGAGCAAAAAUGAAUUAUACUGCACCAUACAGCUGUUUCGUCAUUCUAGGACUUGUCAGUGAUGUUAGGGACACCAUACAGCUGUUUCGUCAUUCUAGGACU